CAUUCGACUUGCGACAUGCGACAAGGGACACAUAAAACCAGCAACUAUGUAGGCUGUGGAUCAUUUUCAAAUAGAGCUGUGAUCACUGAUCAUAACUUGGAGCAGUAUUGGAGAUGGCUCAGGAGCAGACAGAGUGGCAGAAGGAGGAAGAUCUCAAACCUGAUAAGAAUGAGGAGAGCCAUAUAGUUACAAUAGAAGAACACGACGACGACGAUGAUGAUGAUAAUGAUGAAAUCGGAAGAGCCGCAUCAUCAUCGUCCACGGUGUCCAGAUCCACAGCCAUUCCAGAGACCGGUAGGAACCCAUCAAAGAAACGCCUCUGUUCCGGUUAUGACCAGGAGUUCAGUGAAUAUCUGAAGGCACGCAAGCCAGCGCAUGGAGGAGGAGGAGGGAGGCCACAGCGGCGCAGUAGACCAAGAGUUUCAGGAGAAGAGUCACACCGUUGUACAAUAGAGACGCCACACCAUUGUACAGCACAGAAGCCACACCACUGCUCACAGUGCGGCCAGACUUUCUCACUAGAACGCCGCCUCACACAACACCAGUGCGUUCACACAGGGGAGAAAGCGUACCCAUGCAAUCAAUGUGGCCAAAGCUUUGCCUAUCUAUACAGCCUGAAGACGCAUCAACGCACUCACAAAAAAGACAGCCUUUACUGGUGUGACGUGUGCGACAAGGCUUUUAAACUAGCUCCGCAUCUACGUGCACACAAGCGCAUUCACGCAGAAGAGCCUCCCUUUCAGUGUCAGCAGUGCGGCAAGUGUUUUGACCGGCAGCUGAGUUUAAAAAGACACCAGUAUACUCACACAGCAGAGACCACUGCCUACCAAUGUGAACAGUGAUGGGAGAUGUUUGCACUCGCCUCUGCUCUCAAGCUGCACCAGGUGAGGCACAAACAGACGGACAACCAGCCUGUCCACCUGUGCCAGCGCUGCGACCGCCGGUACCUGACCGCAGCAGGGCUCCACAUGCACCAGUGCAUUUGAACAUU